AUGACCAUGCCUACUGCAAGCGAUAUCGCCCAUUGGCUCUGUAUGAGCCCAACCUGCACCAAGAUGAACAGCGUUGGGGACAAGAGUUGUAAAAGGUGCGACGCUGAACUGGCCGAGGGAGCAAAGGCUUUUAGCGCCGGCAUCGAUGAGAUUGGGGAAUUUGAGGGAAUGAAUUCGGAUGGGAAUCCUGUCUGGAAGCUACGUGAGCCAGAGGCUAUGGACUUUUCGGAGGCGAGGGCUAGCACUACCUACGUUCGAGCCAACGGCGACUUCUGCCCAGUCAAUAACAUGUUUCGGCAUGGUCGAGAUAAAGAAGGCCGUGCCAUCAGAAAGCCAGUCCGGAAAUGUCCUGGAUGCAACCAGGUUCGAGGCCAGGGGACUAAAGCCUUGAGGUCAGAUUGGAACGAAAUCGGAACGCUUGAAGUUUAUACGGCUCGAGGUGAAGAAAUCUGGGUUUACACUAAGCUGCCCGAUAUUAAUGCAGACGGUCCAAUUGUGGAUAGGACAGUUGAUGAGUUCACGGAGGGUGAUGUGAUAUACGAGGAGGAGGCUGACGGUUUGACGGCAAACGGGAAUUAG